GUUUAUGUUAAUAUUUAACUUAUUUACUUUUAAUAAUUGUGUUCUAAUAAAACAGUUGUAAAUUGAUGUUAAAACCAUAGUUCAUUAUUGUAGAAUUUUAAUUGUUUCGUCUGAAGACUGCAGUUAUUAAAGAUUUACCAUUUCACAGUUAUUAGCUGAAUCUUUUAUAUUAUUCGACGCAAACACAACAGUGACCAUAAUGGUAAACGGUUUAUACUCGUCCGCGGUUACGACGCUGGUCCUGUUGAUCGCGACUUGUCAGUGGGUGUCACAUGUGAAAAGCGCUAGAAUAUUGGCCGUACAAACAGUAGGUGCCAAAAGUCACUGGAAUUUCAUGAGCGGAGUGCUCCGGUCGUUAACAGACGCCGGUCAUAGUGUUACUGUGUUCACGGCAUUUCCGGUCGGUGAUCGGGAAAACUACACAGAAGUGGACAUAUCGAAAGAAUCACCAGAAGCUAUAAAUCAUAAUCUGACAUGGAUCAUGGAGACAUACAGUGAACCGGUCACCUAUUUCUACAUGUUGACAGACGUGGACAGCAGAUGGUGCGACACGGUCUACAAAAACGAAAAGUUCGACCAGCUUGUACAUGGCGGUGGUGGUAACUCCUUCGACCGGAAGUUUGAUCUCAUCAUCAUGGAACCUCGGACCCUAGACUGUACGUCGUACUUGGCAAACGCGUUAAACUUACCAAUCAUAUACACAAUACCGUCACCCAUGAUGACUGUCGCCGAGCGCUCUUUCACCGGACACGUAUCAAACCCCGCUAGUGUCUCGCAUACUAUGGCUGAACAGGCCAUACCUAAGACAUUUGUCCAGAGGUUUGUCAAUGUGGCCUUGUUGGUGUACAGUACACUUAGAACGGAGUACGAUGGUUGGGUUAUGAAAAUGACCAAUCCUAGGCGGUACCAAUGGUCACCAAAAGUCAAUCCGUCGGUAAUCUUUUUGAACACCCAUCAUAUAACAGAAGCUUCGAGGCCCGUACCACUUAACAUCAUUGAGAUAGGCGGAAUACACUUGAAACCUGAAAAUAAAAUACCAAAAGACGUAUUAGAUUUCAUCGAAGAAUCACCACAUGGUGUAAUUUUUUUCACAUUUGGUUCGGUUGUUAGGACAUCGUCAUUACCAGUGCAUAUCGAAAAAACAUUUAAACAAGUGUUUGCAAAUGUUUCCCAGAGAGUUUUGUGGAAAUACGAAAACGAAAUGAAGGAUAAACCGGAAAACGUGAUGAUAAAAAAAUGGUUACCUCAACGAGAUAUACUCUUGCAUCCGAAUGUCAAGUUGUUUAUUAGCCACGGUGGUAUAUCCGGAUUGUAUGAAGCAGUAGACAGUAGUGUUCCAGUACUCGGAUUUCCUUUGUUCUAUGAUCAGAAAAGAAACAUAGACAAUUUAGUUAACGCCCAAAUGGCAAUUGCUUUGGAUUUGUUUACUGUGACUGAGGAAACGUUAUUGAAUUCAAUUUCGGAAAUCAUCAAUAAUGAAAAUUACACAAAAAAUGCAAAAAUUACUUCUGAACGAUUCAAAGAUCGACCGAUUACACCUCAACAAUCAGUCGUUUAUUGGACUGAGUAUGUCAUUCGUCACAAAGGAGCUCCUCAUUUAAAAUAUCAUGGUCUAAAACUUACGUGGUAUCAAUAUUUUCUAUUGGAUGUGAUCUCUGUAAUAUUAAUUUUUACCUCUUUGGUUUUGUUUAUUAUUUAUAAAAUAUUAAAAUUUAUUUGCAAGUAUGCGUUGAAAUAUAAACAUAGUAAUAAAGUUAAGUCUCAGUAACUUAUGCAAUAUUAGCAGUUUAUUAAAAACAUUUAAA